AUGAGGCGGAUAGAAAAGGAUGAGCUAAUAGAAAAUCGAGCAGGAAGAGGAAGGAAAAAAAUGCUAGAGAACAUUUUUUUUGGAUCCUUGUGCAUUAUGGUUGAAUUUGAGAAAGAUGAUGAUCAUCAUGAUGAAGGAGAAGAUGGAGAAGAGAAACUUGUUGUGAAGAGGGACAUAAAAUUGCUACCGAGUUUUUUCAAGUACUCGAGGCUUGUUGAUGAAAACUUGAAGGACCCUGCAAGAAGGCCCAUCUGUUCUGUUCAGUUUCACAAUAAUUGGACAUUGAGAUUUUUUUCAAAUUGUCGGGUAAGAAAGGAUGCAUUUUUGCUUGAUGGGUCACAAGCGAUUAUAUCGGGGAGGAAAUUCGCUUACAGUAGGGAGGAGAAAAUCUUAGAAUGGUACAUUCUGUUAGUUGCAUCGAGAACUAAAAAAAUUAAUUGGAACGUUGAAAAUGAAUGGUUAGGUCAAUGGCAUUUUCAAAUGAACGGGCAAAAAUUGCUUAGUUCGGGUGGGGAUGAGAAGCAAUUUUGCAAGGAAGAGUUUUUGUUCAAGUGUUGA